CAAGCUGCAGAGGAGCAGAAAGGAGGCGAGGCCGGGAAAAGAGGGAAACUACGCCCGACAACUAGGGAGGGGGCGAGAAAGAGAAGAAACCCACCCACCCACUCAGAAAAAGGGAAAGAGGAAAAAAAAUCUCGUGUGGCGCGCCGCCUGGUUAUCGGGCAGCCUCGCCAGCAGCAGGGGGUGGGAGCCGACGCUGCCGGAGAGCGAGCAGCCUGGCAGGCACGGACAUGGUGCUCCUGGCGCAGGGCGCUUGUUGCUCGAACCAGUGGCUGGCGGCGGUGCUUCUGAGCCUGUGCUCUUGCCUCCCGGCCGGGCAGAGCGUGGACUUCCCUUGGGCGGCCGUGGACAACAUGCUGGUGAGGAAAGGUGACACGGCGGUGCUCAGAUGUUACUUGGAAGAUGGAGCAUCAAAGGGUGCCUGGCUCAACAGGUCAAGUAUCAUUUUUGCUGGAGGUGACAAGUGGUCAGUGGACCCUCGAGUUUCCAUUUCCACGUUGAAUAAAAGAGACUACAGCCUCCAGAUACAGAAUGUUGAUGUGACAGAUGAUGGCCCAUACACCUGUUCUGUGCAGACCCAACACACACCACGGACAAUGCAGGUUCAUCUCACUGUGCAAGUCCCGCCGAAAAUAUACGACAUCUCAAAUGACAUGACCAUCAAUGAAGGAACCAAUGUCACCCUUACUUGUUUGGCCACUGGGAAGCCAGAGCCUGCCAUUUCCUGGAGGCAUAUCUCCCCAUCAGCAAAACCAUUUGAAAAUGGACAAUAUUUGGACAUUUAUGGAAUUACAAGGGACCAGGCUGGGGAGUAUGAAUGCAGUGCAGAAAACGAUGUGUCGUUCCCAGACGUGAAGAAAGUGAGAGUGAUCGUGAACUUUGCGCCUACAAUUCAGGAAAUUAAAUCUGGCACUGUGACCCCUGGACGCAGUGGACUGAUACGAUGCGAGGGUGCAGGUGUGCCGCCGCCGGCCUUCGAGUGGUACAAAGGAGAGAAGAGGCUCUUCAAUGGCCAACAAGGAAUUAUCAUUCAGAAUUUUAGCACAAGAUCCAUCCUCACAGUGACCAAUGUGACGCAGGAGCACUUCGGCAACUAUACUUGUGUGGCUGCCAACAAGUUGGGUACAACCAACGCGAGCCUGCCCCUCAACCCUCCAAGUACAGCCCAGUAUGGAAUUACUGGGAGCGCCUGCGACCUCUUCUCCUGCUGGAGCCUUGCGUUGACACUAUCUUCUGUCAUCAGUAUAUUCUACCUGAAGAAUGCCAUCCUUCAGUGAAUCUAAAGACCCAUGACAGGCUUUUAAGGAGUCUCUGGGAGUGCUGAUGGCUGGAUCCAAUCUGGUGCAGCUAGCUUGAAGCAGCGUGGGGUACAAUCGGCCGUCUGUACGCGGGUGACGCCUUUUGUCUGUGGAAUCGCUGGUUCUGUAAAUACUUUCAUUCUGCUCUCCUUUUGAUUAGACACACGACCGUGUGAAGCACUGCACAUUGUCCCUUUUUUAAGAUGUGAAAGGUCUCAACUUACUUUUAGAGGAUAUUAAUUGUGAUUUCAUGUUUGUAAUCGACAACUUUUCAAAAGCAUUCAGUCGUGGUCUGCUAGGCUUCCGGCUGUAGUUUACAUAACAAAUAUUGCAGUGAACCCAUGAUUCUUUAAGGCUGCAAUACAAGGGUUCCGUGCCCUGUUUCAAUAAGAGUCAACCCACAUUUACAAAGAUGCAUUUUUUUUCUUUUUUGAUAAAAAUUCAAAUAAUAUUGCCUUCAGAUCAUUUCUUCAAAAUGUAACACAUACCUAGACGUCCCUGCUCGCAUGACAUCCAGGUUUUGGAAAUGAGCCUUGUAAUAUAACUCGCUAUGCUUCUCCUUCUAAUCUCAGCAUGGGUGUGCCUUCAUAAAAUAAUCUCUUGGUCUCUGACAAAUACAUAAUGUUUUCCUAAACCUUGCAAUCUGGAAGCAAAAAAAGUAAAUUACACCAAUAAGCUAAACUCCACCCCACUUUGGGGGGGGGGGGCAAGAAGCUAUUAGGCUGUGUCUAGUCAUUACCCAUUGAGCCUGAGAACUUUGCCCACAGCAUCUCAGUUUUCUUGAUAAAACAAUUUAAUAACAUGGUUGAAGUUCAGGUUUAAUAUUAGUGCCACUGUAGGAAAACAUAGCCCAUCACAGGACAGCACAGCUUGUUCAAGAGACCCCUGGUAAAGCAGCAGUCUCCUGCACUAUUCAAGUUGAUGCCCUAACAUAGCUUCUCUGCAUAGACCGCAGCCCUGCCACCCAAGAGACAUGAGGUGGUGAGUGCUCAGAUUAGGCUUUGACAUCAGUAAGUUACUGUGACAGAAACCCUGCAGAUUUCCAUCUGAUUCUCUGUCUUUGGUUGAUAGGAAUGCAUCUUAUGUUCCUUAAAAUUCCAAAAUGUGUUUUAACAAAUAUUGGGCAUCCAUGCAUAACAGAUCAGCCCUGAAGUAACUAAUUCUUCACCAAAAUCUUGUUAGUCAUUACCACUCAAAUUGAUGCCAAAACUGAAGACUCACCAUGUUUUACUGCAUCUUACAGGACAUAUGUGAGAUGCAACCAAAUGGACACACCAGAAGGAGGGCAUCAUGGGAUAUGUUAAUCACUCAAUGAUUGUGAAUAUUACAUUUUUUCUAUUCAAGAAGCAAAACUACAUUUUUUGAAGGAAAAUGCUGUUAGUCUAACUACUAUAUUACAGGAAUAGGCUCAUGGUCUUGCUUUUGACCAAAGAAAGACCAGAGCCUUGAAAGCCAUUUUUCAGGUCUGAUGAAGUUGCCAAUUUCAGCACGCCUAGGUUUCUACAGUGACCUUCUGCACACCCUAACUAAAGACCUACUUUCAAAACUACACCCAAGGACUUUUACAGUGAUUAUUUUAGGUAGUUUAUGUUUUGCCCUAGAAGGACGGCUUUAAAUUUUUGAUUCUUUUCUAAAAAAUUUUAGACCCAAAAGACACCAUAAAUCUAUUUUAAUUAGGAAAACGAAUCAUAAGUGAGGAGACAUAAAUACAUAGUCUUCCUAUGAAAUGGCAAUAAUGUGGCAUAAUGCUAUGAAAUUUACUAGCUGUAAUAAAUUUAUGACAUUUUGAUUGAUAUAUUAAAAAUGAAUUUUGAAAAUUAUGGCAUCUAAAUUUCUAGGUGAUUUGCUACUAAAAAUGUUCUUUUGUGGAAUUAGUGAGCAAACAACAGAAUUAUUUUUCUUUGUAUUGCAGCUUUAAAGUAGCACACUCCACGAUAACCUACUUUUAGAGAUAGCGGUGCUACCAUGGAGUGUUGGCCACCUGAACCGCUGUUUGGGGAGAGAAGCAGUUGGAGAAUGCGUAUUAUACAGUGACCGUUUCCCUAGAGUUAAAAAUGCCUCCUCUGUGUAAGGUGUGUAGGGUACAUGUGAGGUAAACUGAGGUAUAAAAUACAGAUGAACCAAAUAAUUAGUUCUAAGUGUUGUCAUGAUUCCGAAUUCGUGGAGUCCGGUGUUUUUCCAUAGAGUGUGACAAAGGACAGUCAUAGCUCAGUAGCUACAUGUAUUUGCCUUUAUGUUAGAAGAGACUUUCUUGAGUGACAUUUUAAUAGAGGAGGCAUCCGCUAUGUUUUUCUGUAUUACAGCAGCAUAGUCCUUAGGCGCCUGGACAGAGUGAAACCAUGAGUAUUUAUGAGUUCAGUAUUGUUCAAAUAAGGCUACAGUAUUUGCUUUUUUGUGUGAAUGUAUUGCAUAUAAUGUUCAAGUAGGUGAUUUUACAUUGACGGGCAUCUGAAAUGUCUGAUUACUCCAUUUUAUCAGUCCUGACUGUACAAGAUUGUUGCAAUUUCAGAAUAGCAGUCUUAUGAAGUUAAUUUAUCUUUUUAUUUACAACAAUUUCUUUAGCUAUUCAUUUCAGCGUUAUGUUUUCCACAAUAUCCAUUUGUGG